CAAAAUAACUAUAAAAGGCAUAAUCUGCUACGCCGUCGCUCAUCGUUUGCAGUAUGCGUCCCCCUCCGUCCAUCAAUCAUUCACUGUCAGUCUAAUGACUUCUGUAAUCUCCAAAACCCUAGUAAACCCCUAUUAUUCUCUGCUCCGCAUAGCCCGAUUCGCUCUGACUUCUCACUCACAACCAUUCAGUAGAGUCCGACACAUGAGCUCCGAGUCAUCUCAGCAAGUUUUCCAGCUCAAGGUCGACCCACUCACUGGUAACUCGGAGUGGGUUGUCAUUAGAGAAGACGAAGAAGAAAACUUUGGAAGUUCCCAUAAGAAUCUCUUGGCCACGACGUCGUAUUUGGACAUGCUCAAUGACUCCACCAGAAACAGAGCAUUCCGCGAGGCCAUCGACAAGACUAUAACGAAACCUUGCCAUGUGCUGGACAUUGGUGCUGGAACUGGGUUGCUGUCAAUGAUGGCUGCACGGGCAAUGAAUUGUGGUGAGCCAACUUCUGCCAAUACAAAGGAGAGGGUAACAGCUUGCGAGUCUUAUCUUCCAAUGGUGAAAUUGAUGCGAAAAGUUCUGCACCUCAAUAAUAUGGGGAGGAACAUAAAUGUAAUCAACAAGCGCUCUGAUGAACUCAAAGUCGGCGUAGACAUUCCAACGCGUGCAGACGUUCUGGUUAGUGAGAUACUAGACUCAGAGUUACUGGGUGAAGGGUUAAUACCGACUCUGCAACAUGCACAUGACAUGCUGCUGGUGGAAAAUCCACUAACUGUACCAUAUCGUGCAACAACUUAUGGCCAGCUGGUUGAAAGUCCGUUCCUGUGGAAGCUGCAUGAUUUAUGUGAUAAUGAAGCAAAAGCAUCGGAUGGCAUUCAUCUUAUUCCAACUGGCUUGGAUAGUAUUUUACAUGUCAAAUUGCAGCAACAUCCCAUGCAUUGUGAUGCAAUCUCAAAAGAAAUAAAACUGCUAUCAGAACCCUUCAAAAUUUUUGAAUUUGACUUCUGGAAACGACCAGACAGCCAUCGGGAAUCUGAAUUGCAUAUCAAGGCCACUGAUGAUGGUAGAGUUCAUGCUAUAUUAUCAUGGUGGAUGCUGCAGCUUGAUUGUGAAGGGACAAUCUUUUAUUCCACUGCCCCUCGUUGGAUAACCACAAGUACCGGGAACUGGUGUGAUCAUUGGAAACAGUGUGUGUGGCUCAUUCCUGGGAAAGGUAUACCUAUAGGCAAGGGUGAGCAGCUUCUUUUUCGUGCCAUUCAUAAUGAUACUAGUGUCUUCUAUAAUCUUGCAAAAGAAGAUACUGAGGUCAGGCAGUAUAAUUUUUACUCUGGGGAAUUUGACCUUAUACUACCUCCUGAAAGGAUUGCAAUCUAUGGAGAUAGUAAAUGGAGGUUUUCCAUGUUAACAGCUCUAAGAAAUGCAUUGCAGGCAAGAGUUCAACCCCUCUGUGUUGUUGCAGACGAUAGUAUUUUUCUAACGCUUAGUGUUGCAAAUAUUUCAAAAACUGCACAUGUGAUAUCUUUGUUUCCUGGGUUGCGGGAGAGGGGUGCCCAAUAUCUGCAGAGAGUUGCUGAUGCCAAUGGUUUCACUGCAGAUCGUGUAAAAGUUCUCGAAAAUAAGAAAUGCUUAACUCUGCAAGAUACUAAUCAGAAGAAGGUUGAUCUGUUGAUUGGAGAGCCAUACUAUUAUGGAAAUGAUGGAAUGCUUCCAUGGCUAAACCUGCGAUUUUGGAAGGAACGAACUGUGUUGGACUCUGUCCUCUCUGAUGAUGCCUUAAUAAUGCCUUUUAAAGCAGUAUUGAAAGCUUGUGCCAUGUCACUACCAGAGCUAUGGAAUAGCCGCCGCUGCUUAAGUAAGAUAGAAGGCUUUGAUCAUUCUAUUGUAAAUACAACCUUAGGGGCAUGUGGUGAAUUACCUCCACCACAUGAUGUUCCACUUCUGCCUUUUUUCAUCUGGCAAUGUGGAGAGAUUAAGGAACUCAGUGAGAGAUUCACAAUAAUGGAGUUUGAAUUCUCAAAGCCAAUAACUCCAUGUCAUGGAAAAGCCCAGGUCGAAUUUUCUGAAACUGGUAUAUGCCAUGGAUUUGUGAUAUGGAUUGAUUGGGUGAUGGAUGCAAGGAAUUCCGUGGUGUUAUCUACUGGGCCAGAUGAGAGGUACUGGAAGCAAGGAGUGAAACUCCUUGCACAGCCAGUGGCAGUCAAAACCCGGGGAUCAUCUACAGGUGAAUAUCUAUAUACAGAGAUCGAAGCAUCGUUUGAUCCAUCAACCGGCGAACUUGCCAUCAGCCAUGCCUUCACAUAAUGCGUAAUGUAAGCUAAAAGAAUAUUUUUUGUAUCGCAGUAGAUGUACAUUUGGAUUCCAUGUUGCCUUUUCUUUGUGUUACGUCAAUGUCUGCAUUUCUUUUUCCAUUAAUAACCUACAAAUGGAGAAAUUCUUGUGUGAUGUUAGUCCAUCACGUGUAUCUGUGUACUAACCAUCCUGUGCCAAUCAAAUGCUAUAUGUGAUUUUUUUUAAAAAAGAGCAUUUUUGAGUAUUGAAAUUUAGCCGAUCUAAAUUGA